CUUUACCCUCUUUUCUUUUGUCAGGUGUUUGCCAUGGCUGCUGCUGUGAACUUGGAACUUGAUCCCAUUUUUUUGAAAGCUCUAGGCUUCUUACAUUCAAAGAGUAAGGAUUCUGCUGAAAAGCUGAAAGCACUCCUGGAUGAGUCUUUGGCGCGGGGCACUGAUUCAAGCUAUCGUCCCAGCCAGAAGGAGGUGGAGCCAUCCAAGAUUUCAAGUGCAAAAGCUAUUUCCAUUAAGCAAGAGCCCAAGCCCACAACCACUCUUCCUUCUGGCAACAACAAUGGCAAGGCCCUCACGGUUGAGAAGGUCAAGAAGGAAGCUGAGAAGAGACCUGCUGAUAAAAUGAAACCUGACAUCACAGAAGGAGUCGAUAUUCCAAAGAAACCAAAACUAGAGAAGCCGGAGCCGCGGUCAUCUCCCAUCACUGUGCAGAGCAGCAAGGACUUAGCAGCGAUGGCCGACCUCUCCAGUUUUGAGGAGACCAGUGCUGACGAUUUUGCCAUGGAGAUGGGGUUGGCCUGUGUUGUUUGCAGACAGAUGACAGUGGCAUCUGGCAACCAGCUGGUGGAAUGUCAGGAGUGCCACAAUCUCUACCACCAAGACUGCCACAAGCCCCAAGUGACUGACAAGGAGGUGAAUGACCCCCGGCUUGUAUGGUACUGUGCCCGCUGCACCAGGCAGAUGAAGAGGAUGGCCCAAAAAACUCAGAAACCACCACAGAAGCCUUCCCCCACCGUUGUAUCUGUCACUCCAGCUGUCAAAGACCCACUAGUGAAGAAACCAGAAACAAAACUCAAGCAAGAAACAACUUUCCUAGCAUUUAAGAGAACAGAAGUCAAGCCAUCCACGGUGGUUUCCGGGAAUUCUUCCAGCGCCAGCGUUUCCUCCUCGGUCACCAGCGGCCUGACUGGGUGGGCAGCUUUUGCGGCCAAGACUUCCUCAGCCGGACCGUCCACAGCAAAGCUGAGCUCUGCGGCCCAGAACAGCGGCGGGAAGCCAGCUCCCCCCUCAGCUGCCCAGAAACCUGUGGGCUUGACUGGUCUCGCCACCUCCUCGAAGAGCGGCUUGGGCUCCAAGCUGGGCUCGGGGAGUGGCGGCACUCCCACAGUCCCUCUGAAGCCACCCCCGCCUCUCACUUUGGGUAAGGCGGGCCUCAGCCGCUCGGUCAGCUGUGACAACGUCAGCAAAGUGGGCCUGCCUAGCCCCAGCAGCCUAGUGCCCGGAGGCAGCAGUCAGCUCGGGGGCAAUGGCACCGGGGGGACGGCGGGGACCGGGGGCAGUGCCGGCAGCAAGGCCACGUCUGAGGCGGGCAGCACACCCUCCGCCUCCCUCAAAGGACCCACCUCCCAGGAGUCGCAGCUUAAUGCCAUGAAGCGGCUGCAGAUGGUGAAGAAGAAGGCGGCACAGAAGAAGCUCAAGAAGUAGCCCGGCCACAAAGGCGCCACAUUCCUCCCCGCCAGCCAUCACAGCCUUAGCACCACAGCUGUUGCCAUGGGCUGUGACUGAGUAAAAGCUUCAUCAUGAAGCUCCUCU